AUUGCUUAGAUGAAUCUCGAACCAUCUUUCAACCUCCCAUAAAAUCGUUAAUAACAACCGCCUUACUACUGAUCUUCUUCUUCAUUUAUUAAAUUUAAAACAGAGUAAGAAAAGAAACUCCCAGAAAAUCACAAAUCCCACCUAACAAAAAUGUUCUUCUUCUUUGUUGGAGGAGUAGAGCAACAAGUGAGGCAGGUACUAAAAUACGGUGCAGGCAGAUGCAUUUCGUGCGGUUCCACAGCUGAUCUGGUUCACUACGACAAAGUUCUCAAGCUCUUCUUCGUUCCCACAUGGCGCUGGCCUGGAAAAGACCCUCUUAUGCACUGUAACAACUGCAAUCUCUUUUAUCCCCAAUCAUUCUCUCUCCCACCUCUCUCUUCCUCCGAUGAUUCCUCCGUCUCUCCGCGUUGCCGCUCCUGUGAUCGGAUUCUUCAGUCCGACUUUAGAUUCUGCCCCUUCUGCGGUUCUUCUCUCUGAACUUUCUUUCUAUCAUUUGGGUUUGUUGCGAAUGAGAUCUUCUAGGGUUUUUCUAUGAUCAAAUAAUUUGUUCUUGUCUUUUGAGUGGGGUUUUGUGCUUAAAUUUCACUCAAUUGAUAGUUACUGGUGUUAUACAUAUAAAAUAUUCAAUCUCAAUUGAUUAGUUUUUACAUUAGCUGCUCAAAUUAGUUUGUUAGAUUUUUCAAAGCUUUGUAAUUUUCUUA